UGUUUCUGACUUCCUUCCAUGGCUGCUCUUCCCAAAAGCUCAACAGCUGAUCGCUCCCCUCACUCACAACCAAACACCAAUGGCAGCCCACUGCCACCGCCAAACACCUCUAUCCCCUACUCCACAACACCACCAUCACCACCACCCAAUCGCCACAACCAACCUCGUAAAGCUGUGAGAAUCGUACCAGACAACGCCCUUUACCUCGUCACUUUUGCUGUUUGCGCUAUUUUUUUGGUCCCCAUCGCCCUCAUCUUUACAUCCUUGAUUAUUCUCAACCCUCCCACGUUCCAAGUCGACUCCCUGGCUAUCUCCAACUUCAAUCUCUCCUCCACCACCCCUACCUUCCUCUCCGGCAAUUUCGAAGUCAUGUUCACUACUCGAAACCCGAAAAAAUUCUCUCUCUCUUGUAUCGACCUCGUGGCUGGAAUCUACAUCGGGAACGAGCAACUUUUGGUAACAACUCUUCCGCCGUUUACUCUGCCGGGGAAGAAAGAAACCUCUAUCAAGGCGGAUUUCGCUGCUGUCCGGUCUUAUAUUGACGACAGUGGCAAAAGUGGGAACUUGGUUUUCGAAGUUCGAAUUGAAAUGCUUGUGAGUUAUGAGGUUGCUUUGCCGGGGCAUGAUAAGUACAUGGAGGCCCGUUGCCCGGAUUUAUCCGUUGCGUUUCCAGCAAAUGCAUCAUCAGCUGCUACUGAAGUUGGGUAUUUAGUCGGAGGACCUAGACAUUGCAAGGUCAAAUGAAGACAACCAACUGAUCUGUGGGAUUUCAUGUAGAGAAAAACUUGAAGUUUCGAAAGUUAUUACAGUAGUUUGUAGCAGAAUGAAAUGGGCGGGUGAAGGGCAUAUGCUUUCUGCCGCUAUGAAGCUGUCAAAUACGGUAUUUGUGCAUGACCCUUUGAUUCAUGACUCUCUGCCGGGCCGCAAGAUGUAAUUUGAUGUCAAUGAUUUCGGUUUGAAGUGCGCAGCCUUGCCUGGAUUUGUGAUGUUACAGCGUUGGAUUCGUUUUUAUCAUUUUCCCCACUUCGUAUUAUGCUAGAAUUCAUGAUGAUAUCAGU